AUGACAACCUCUUUAAACCACACUAACCUCAGAGAUAUCUGGUACACCAUGGUUGGGAUCCCAGGAAUGGAAGAUGCACACGUGUGGAUCUCCAUCCCCAUCUGCUGCAUGUACAUAGUGGCUGUUGCAGGCAACACCUUCUUAUUAUUCCUAAUCCUCACUGAGCGCAGUCUCCAUGAACCCAUGUACCUUUUCCUCUCCAUGUUGGCUCUGGCAGAUGUCCUUCUCUCCACAACCACCACACCAAAGAUGCUAGCGAUCUUCUGGUUCCAAGCUGGGGGGAUAUCUUUUGGUAGCUGUGUGACUCAGAUGUUUUUCCUCCACUUCAUCUUUGUGGCAGAGUCUGCCAUAUUGCUGGCCAUGGCCUUUGAUCGCUAUGUGGCCAUCUGUUACCCACUAAGAUACACUACCAUUCUAACGUUUUCAGUCAUUAGGAAAAUAGGUGUUGCAGCUGUGACUAGGAGUGUCUUCAUCUGCUUUCCCCUGAUCUUUUUAGUUUAUCGGCUUAAUUAUUGUGGGAGGAACAUUAUUCAUCACUCAUACUGUGAGCAUAUGGGCAUUGCCAGGCUGGCCUGUGACAGCAUCAAGGUCAACAUCUAUUAUGGGAUGAUUGUGGCUCUAUUUUCCUUUUUCCUGGAUGUGGUACUUAUUCUCAUCUCCUAUGCUGUCAUACUUUGUGCUGUGUUUAGAAUUCCUUCUCGAGAUGCUAGACUCAAGGCUCUGGGUACCUGUGGCUCCCAUGUCUGUGUCAUCCUCCUCUUCUACACACCAGCUUUCUUUUCCUUCCUUGCUCACCGAUUUGGGGGCCACAGCAUACCCCUUCAUAUACAUAUCCUCCUUGCUAAUCUUUAUGUAGUGGUACCCCCAACUCUGAACCCCAUCAUUUAUGGGGUGAAAACCAAACAAAUUCAAGAGAGGGCUAGUCACGUGUUUUUUUUGCACAAAAUGUUUUGUUGGUACAGGUUAAAUGGUUAA